AUGGCGGUGCGUGGACGCGCGGCGGCGGUAACAGCAGCAAUGGCUGCUGUGGAUCGGCGGCUGCCGAGUCUCGAUGACUUCGCGGGGCAGAGCUGGAGCGCCUGGGUGGAAAGAGCGGGGCCGCCCGCCGCCGAGACAGGGUCUGAGCUGGAAGAGAACACCAAGAAUGGGAGCAAGAAACUGGAUGCAAUGACUCUCAUUAAAGAAGACAUGUCUAUCUUUGGUCACUGCCCUGCUCAUGAUGAGUUCUACCUGGUGGUGUGUAACCACUGUGGCCAAGUGGUCAAACCUCAAGCCUUUCAGAAGCACUGCGAGAGACGACAUGGACCUCUCAGCAAACUUUAUACCCGGACGCAGGCCUCUUCCAAUUUGCAGAAGUGCCACACAAUCAAUGGGCGAACCCUUACCAGUGGAGGUCAUGGAUCCUCCAAAUCCUGGAGGGAGAAGUCCCAGGCCUCCUUCAGUCAAGCCCAGCACCCACCUGAGAGGCCAGACAAGAUGCCGAAGGACAGCCUCUGCUUGUUUGUGCCUGUUGUGAACCUAGAGAAGAUCUCCAGCCUUCCAAAGCCAGAUGGAGAUGGAAUCAAGGCCUCCCCAAAGCCCUCUGACUUUGCUAUCUCCAGACAGUCUUCUGCUAGCUCAAAAGAGGCUGUGGGCAAAUCUUCCUUAGCAGCAUCACCAAAAGAGCCUGUUGUGCCAGCUAAGGCAGGUGGCAAUGCUAUCGUGCCUGCAGAUGGCUUGAGCAGGAAGUUGGAGAACCCUCCUAUCUUGGGGGAGAAGGAGCAUGUGAAGUCUCUGAAGAAGAUGCCACGGAAAGAAUGUGACCUAAACAGGCAGUGUGGGGUAAUGAACCCUGAAACCAAGAAGAUUUGCACACGGUUACUGACCUGCAAGAUCCAUUCGGUGCAUCAGCGGCGCGAGGUGCAAGGGCGUGCCAAGGACUUUGACGUCUUGGUAGCCGAGCUGAAGGCCAACGCCAGGAAAGGCGAGCCCCCCAAAGAGAAGAGCCCGGUCAGGAAGGAAGCGGCGGCUGAACGGCUCUCGCAGGACCCCUUUUCGUUGCCGCAGGCAUCGCUGGUCCUGCCCAGUACUUCUCCUUGCCGAGCGAAGCAGCCUCACUCCCACUGUGCACUUUCCAGGUCUAGGGUAUCCUCUGAAAGUGACCUUGACGACCUGCCCACCACCUCCGGCGAAGUUGACCACGGGCUCUAUCCUUUCCCAACGCCCAAAGGCGCUGGUCGGGUUUCGAGCGAGGAGAGUGAGGAUGACGCAACAGAAGAUUCCCGCAAGCUGGAUUGCCAUUAUUCAACACGGGCACCACGUCCCCAAGCGUUCUGCACCUUUGGAAGUAGAUUAGUGAGCCCCGGGUGUUACGUGUUUAGCCGGCGGCUGGAUCGGUUCUGCUCAGCACUCAGUUCCAUGCUGGAGAGGCAUCUCAGUUCUCACAUGUGGAAGAGGAUCCCUCCAGCUGCUGAUCACCAGCUGCUCUCCACUCCACCACCUGUGGUUCUGGGCUUCUCUGCAUCCAGCACUUACCAGAACAGCAGUUCCUCUCUGGUUUGCAGCCUUCCCCACAGCCUCCCCAGCAGGACCUCCGUGUCCAGCGCAGCUUCGGCGACAGUUGCCUCCAGGGAGAGUCGCACUCACCACAGUAUGAACUAUGCAGUGGGGUCGCCCCACGUGGCAGCCGCCUGCAGCCAGUCAGACUGCAUGGGUGGGAGCCAGUCCAUCACCUCCCCGCUCCCAGCCAACACCCCUUCACCAUCCUUCAGCAAGUUGCCUUUGACCAAGGCCAGUAAGACCUCCAAAGCCAAGGAGCUGGCUGGCAGCAUGGAGCCAGAGGCCAUGGCCCGGAAGCGCAAGCAAUCUCCUGGCGCCUCUGCCAGCCCACCUUACAAACAGACCUGUUUUCUGGAUCUGGGCAAAAGCAAGGCGGCCAGCUGCCCAGUCUCCCACUCCUCUGCAAAGGCCAAGCCGUCUGGGAUCUCUUCCUCCAGCCUCUCCCUCAACGGAACUGUCCCUGCGGGUGCCAGAAUCAAGAGGGUAAGCCAUCUGGACUGCAGGGCUCCCAUCCACGUGCCAGUCAAAGCUUCGCAGCUGGAGAAUCGGAGCUCCUCGCUGAACGGGCCCAAAGCAUUGCAGGCCAACUGCAUCUCAGAGGAGGAAGCCAAGAGGCGCAAGAACACGGCCACUUACUGUCGGCCGGUGAAGGCCAAGCACGCCCCCUCUCCCUUGCCUUCCCCUUCCUCGUCUGACUUGGGCAGCUCUAUCCGAAGGAAGAAACCAGUGGUCUCCUUGGGCUUCGAGGAGAAGCAGAACACAAUGAAGUCAAAAGCGCAUUAACAGCAAGUGCCUGUGUUCUGCAGAAGGAGCCACCAGUCUGCGGACCCCGAGCACCUGGGCCAGAUUCAAAGCCUUCUGCUUUUUAUAACUUUAUAGUAUUUUUCUAAAGAAA